UAAAAUGGCGCGUGGUUUGAAGUCUGGAGAGAUUUGAUUCUGGAAACGUUUCCUGUCGACUAAAACCUCUUGAAAGAUUAUAAUUUAAAUUGAAUAAGGAAUGGUGCCAUCAGAUUCGUCUGAACCUCCGCGUCCAGAAGUUUCUAAAGUAAAAUGGUUCACAGAAGGGGAGUUUUGGUGGAGGACUUUUGCUGCAGUUACAUGGGUGAUGAUUAUUCUUCCACAUGCACUAUUGCUGUCCUCAUUAGCAGCAUCUGUAGAUCUUUUUCAUCCCUUCAACUGGAUUUCAGGUGGUUUAUCACUGGUUUUAAGCUUUCCAUUUUGGGUAUCUACUUGUUUUUAUGGAGCUAUCAGUAUUGUGGUGACGCUGUCAAAUUCCAAAUUCAAUACUGUUAAAAAUGUUACGCAUCAGAAUCAAAUGUCAGCCUUGUUGUUUCCCCUUCACCCAGCAAGAAUGUUUCACAUUUUUUUGUUCACAUUGUGUGGGAGCCUUUCUGCCUGGUGUUUCCAAGGAAUCAUUGGUGAUGAGGAGGAUGUUUUAACUAUAUUAUGUGAAACAUCAGAAGAAUAUUGUUUAAAUGAGCGUCUAGUUUUUGGCAUUCUUUUUGGAGCAUGGUUGGGUUUUUAUACAAGUCUGAAUUACUUCUUGAGAAAGAAAUUUCAUUUUGUAUUUCCUCGAGUUCAGCAAAAGGUCUUGUUCCAGAUAAAGUUGUCAGUAGGACCAUGUGUAAAAGAGAGUAUCAUUGUCUGCUUAAAGGCAUGUGGAUGGUACUACCUUUUGUAUUACUUUUUAGGUAAUAUUCCCAGAGAUGCCACUGCCAACAUUCUAGAUGUCUCUUUGGACAGAAAUGUGACACCUCUCAACUCCAUAGCAGGCCUUCUGAACCUUUCCCAGUUUUGGUGCCUCGUGACAACUGGGUCAUUAAUUUUGUUUGUUUGGACCUUUGGUAACAAACUUCUUAUUAUCUUCCACACACAGAUAUACAGAUUCCCAGUGGAGUAUUCACUCAGUCAUCAACAGGACCAAAGUCUUUGUGUAGUGAUCAAAAAUAAAACAAUCCCAUUAUUAAAGUAUCUUGCUUUGUUUGACCUGGUACAUUUGUCCCAGUUUAGCCUGACAAGAAGAAAGCAGAUUUUCUCUCUUAGUCAACCAAGUGGUCGGCCAGACAACUGGACAAGUAUAUCCACAGAGUGUCUGUCUUUAAUUGAAUCUCUUACACAUAAACUGUCUGCAGAGGUUUCUUUGCAAACUCAUCGUCAACAGCCUGUGUUGGACCCUAAAGUGCUUGGCCCAGCUCUUGUCAACGGACAUGCCAAUGGACAUACAGGACAAAGCUCUCCUUUGUUAUCCAGUCCAUAUCAAUCACCAUUAAGUGUGACAAGGAGGCAUCAGUCUCUGUCAUCACCAGGAACAGUUUACCUUUGGUCUGACAAAACUGAAAACACACAAAAGAUACCCUCUCCCAAAACCAAGAAAGAUUUUGGUGUCAUCAACCAUUUUAAAGGCAGAGUGAAUGAAAUGGUCGACAGUUCUGUCUCAAAGAUCAGCCAGAUUCCCCACAGGAUUGCUUGUAGAUUGAAAGAGAUACCCGUUAUUGGAUUUCUGUUUGAUAAGAUUCCAGAGACACAAACACAAGCUCUUUUUGCAGAUUGCCAGCUUCAAAUUUGGGCUGUGGAAGCCCUAUCAAGACUAGUUGCUUCAUCAUAUACAGAAGAUACAUAUGGUGUUGUACAAAAGAGUCUUCCAAAAAUUUUCGUCUCUCUCUUGAAUUUACUUCAGGCUUUGGACCAACACUCAAAGCUAUCAUUGGCUUUAAUCUCAAGACCAGAGAUUCAGCCCAGACCUCCUCAGCCACAAGGGUAUCAGUUAAGAGCAACACUCGUGUCUUCGAUCUACAGAAUAACCAAAAUUUUCCAUGAACAUUUACGGAACCUACCAAUGGCUGUAGAACAUGAAAAGAAACUUGAAUCGUUUUUGAUGUUCAGAGAGUAGGAUACAGCCUUAAUGUACAUUUUUUUGGAAAAAUUAGAUUAAAUCUUAGACUUUAGGUGCAAUUUUUGCAAUCCUUUUUUGAAAGUUUUUUCUUCCGAAAAGUGCCGUGCUUGGAAAGGUAGCUUUGUCAAAAGUAAUUAAAAGAAGUACGAUAAUAUGCCUGCGUUUAGUGGUUUAACUUUGAAAACUUGAUAAAACCACUUGCAGGGUUAUUUUGACUAUUCCCUUUUGUGUUAGUGCAGCUUGAUCAGAGGCAAAAGGAGAAGAAUUCUUAUAAUGUUGUUAGUAAUUCGCGUCACUUCAAAUGGGUUUGGACUUUACUACUGCUUUUUGGAAUUCUUUCUCUAGAUUGUGAAUAAAUAGUUAUUUGUGAGUUA